CAACGACAUUGGGCAUUAGAAAUAUUUUGAAGUUUCGUUAUCAUGGUUACAAGGGCGCCCGUUUCAAAAGGGAUUUUGUAAUACUAACAAGCCCUCACAAAUGCUACUCUGCAUACUCCCCUAGUGUAUACCAAGUACCACCUGGCUAGACGUGAACCGCUUCAUAUGGUCAGAAUGAGAAACAUAGAUAGGAAGGAAUUUUUAUUUGAAAAUCCUGUUAAUGAUAUACCUAUGGACGUAAGACGAGUGAAACUGAUCAGCCAAUCAGAAUGGAAACGUUUAAAAAACAAACUGGAUAGUAAUUUGAAUGAAACUUCUAGAAUAGAAGAGAAGAAGUUACAGAUUGAAAAAAUUAAAACACAGUCAAGAGAAAUGGUAAAAAAAUGGACAAAUACACUUUUGGGAUCAAGAGAAAAGAAGCUUGAAGAUCGUUCUAAUCGUUUGGCCGAUGAGGAAAAAGGUAGAAUGGCCAUCGAUCGUAAAGAGGAGAAAUUCCAAGUGGAACAAAGAAAGAAAGCUGUCGAUAAAGCGAAGCAGCAAUUAUAUUACGAAACGGAUCGUGUUCGAUCAUUACAUUCAGGCUUAAACCUAACAGAAACUUUGAAAGAACGUGAUAUGCAACUGAGAUUUAAACAUUUCAAAAAUAAAUCAGAAGUGAACAAAGAAAAAAUAUAUCUCGAAACGAUGCGGAAAAGUAUUGAAGGAGCUAUAAAGAAAGAACUAGACGAAGCUGAAAGAAGACAUGAGAAAAAUUUAUUAAAUGCUCAAGAAUUAAUAGCACAAAUAAAAGAACAUGAUGAACAGAAAAAACGUCGUAAAGAACAAAUAUCAGCUGAAGGCGAAGCGUUGAGAAAGAAUGCAACAAUUGAUUUAUUAGAACGUGAGAAGCUCGAUCAAAUCUAUCGUGAUCAGAUGAGAAAACUAGCAAAAGAAUUUCAAGACCAAAUUAAUGGUCAUAUACAAAUGAAAGAGAUUGAAAAAUUAUGUGAUGAAGAAAUUGAAGAACAAUGUCGAUUGUUUGCAGCAGCUAAGAUCAAAAUGACAAAAAUGCGUAUCAUGAAGGAACGUGAUAUGUUUCAACAAAAAGAAGCCGAACUACAAAAAAUACAAGAAUAUUUAUCAGAACAGUUGAAAAAUGCACAAACUAAUGAAGAAGCACGGUUAAACAGAGCAACAACAGAAAACGAAGAAAAAUACCAACGAGAUACAAAAGAAAGAUAUGACAAACAACUGAAAAUUAUCCAAGAAAUCAAUGAAUAUAGAGUGGAUGAAAUAGAAAGACGUAGAAAACGAUUAGAAGACGAGAAACGAAUAGAAUUAUGUGAAAUACGUGGAAGGAUAGCGGCUGAAUUGGCAUUAACUGAAUAUGAAAAUGCAUGUAAGACAAAAAAACUGGAAGAACGAAAGCAAUUAUCACGACAGUUACUGCAGGAAUCAGUAAGUUUGAUUGUUAACAUGAGUUGAUUGUACAGUUAGGUAUAAGAGUCAUUUCUUGCAGACGCCCGCUAUAGUAUACAUAAAGCACCCCAUCGACAUUUAGAAGGUUAUUUGUGCACUUUUUUCUAUUUCAGCAUUUAAUCAACUUUUGUCAGGAUAUAGGCUUCUUAAGAGAAUGCAUAGAUAUUGCCUGUAUUUACAGUGUGAACAACAACACUAAGGUGUUAGUGUCGGUUCUAUUGCUUGUUUACUAGGAAUAUUUAACAUCGGUUUCAGUUCCCAAUCGUAGUACUGAACACUUGGUCUGAGUAAUUCAUUAAAAAAUCACUUUUUUCAUACUGAGGUUAUCCGUGCAUAUUUUGUUCAAAAACCAAGAAUACUAAUAGAAGUAAAAAUUUUAAACUACUUAAUGAUUUAAUAUUUUGGAAUAAACACCAAAACUUAUAACACGCUGUAUUAAUAACUCAUACUACUUAUUUUCAAGGUUUGAAUAAUUUUUUCUGGUUAGCGUAUUUUUAGCGAGUUAGUUUUCUACGGGUUGGGGACGCUAACCCCAUGCCCAACCCUCCUCCUUUAUCCGGGCUUGGGACCGGCAGUAGCCCCCGGAGGGACUCCAGGCGGAGUUUGUUUUUCAAAGUAAGUAGUAACAUAAUGUUAUCAAUUAAUUAUACAUUAAUGUUUACUCAUUAUGAAAUGCGACACAGAUGGUAAAACGAGUACUAGCCAAGAAAGAACGCAAAGCAGAAAUUGAAGCGAUAACCAAUGAAAAUAAACUGAUUCAAAUGGAAGAAAAAUUUUUUCAAGAUUACGCAACUAGAGUAAGUUUGUUACAAAGAACAAAGAAGCAGACCCUUGUUAUUUUACUUAAUAACAACACUUGUUCUGAUUACAGCUUUCACAUAGACUCUGGGGUCAUCAUUAUCGUGUUUACAGUUCUAGUAAAAUAUCUGUAGGACAAAUUAAGUCCUACACAUAAUGUUAGACAAAAGUAAGCAUCUAUUCAUAAACUCUGCAACGUAUUAGAGGUACGAGGGCGGUGGUCAGCACCCGGUAGCCCACAUCAUAAAAGAAUAAUUCUUCCCAAUCUGUAUAGAAGUUGAACUACUUGUAGUCUCGAUGACCUUGAGAUUGUGAAUACACUGCUCUAUGGGAAACUGCAUGAGGUCAACCGCACACGUCUCUUUAGAAUUAGUAGCCUCUGUAAUUUUUAGAUAAUAUGUCCAGAGAUGAAAACCCACAGGUCAUCUGACGUUUCGAAAUACUGAUUACAAUCGGCGUACAAACUCGAACAAGUAAUUUAAGCAUUCCUUCUUCUUAAAAUAUAAUUGACCCCGUGAAUUUAAAUAUUUUUAGAAAAUACUUAUAAUUUAUCAAUCUAGGAUAGUCUUUUCUGUAAGUAUAUUAUUUUAUGGUCAACUUGUUUUAGAUUCUCUAAUCUACUGUAGUGAAGAAGAACACGGGUGAGGACAGCCAAAUUGUAUUUGGGGCAAAUUACAGAAUUACUUGGUAAAAUAGAAAAACCAUGUAGUAAAUCGUUAAUUUGCAAAAUGUCAUUCUAUCACAUCCAUUGUCUCGCAUUUCAUUGUUCAUGCGAUUUCUUACAAAUUCCAUUGUGUUCUCGCUCUUCCUUUCUUGAUCUUCUCCAUCUUCUGCUGCCAGACAUUGCGUUCUUUUGACUCACGUUAUAUACUACUUAUA